CAGUGCUGCUGUUUCUCGCUCUCGCAGGCUCUCGGCUCACACACACAGUGGCGCAACCAGCAGCCACACGCGCUCUGUCUCUCUCUAUCUGUCUCUCUCUCUUUCUCCUCCUCUCUGAGAAUGGUCCACCCGGUGCCUGAGGCUCUGCUGUCGCGGCCUGCCGCCCGUGUCUGAUCUCUCACACACAUACGCGCACUCAAUAGUAAGCAUGAUGUGAGAGAUUUCAGAGCGGUAGGACCCAGUCAGGCACCCUGGGACUGCACAGGGGCGUGUGUGAGAGAGCGUAACUGUCUGCGAGAGGGAAAAGAGAGGGGAGAGAGAUGUUGACGCAGGUUUUCACUUCUGUCUGAGUGCGUCACUCUUCCGUGCAGUCAUGUAAGUAAACGCUGAACACGCUCUCACUGCAGAGAGAAACAUAUGGAUUCGAGCUCACACAAGUCUGCUCGUCGACCGCUCGCGGUGGUUUUCCUGCGCUACAGGGAAACAUGUGGGUACUGAGUAUCGUGCCCUUUCUUGCGUCUGCCGCUGCUUGGAGCUGCUUAUAGUACCAGCCUCAGCUUUCCUGCCUGCUUGCUGCCCACAUCAGUGAAAGGACUGCUCGCACAACCCCACAAUUCCUGUGACCCCGAACGACCCCUACUGUUUUGCUCAUACUCAAACAGACAGAGCUGAAGUGGGCACUAUUGAAUCAGCCAAUCAGAGUCAAGGAUUUUUGCUUUGGGAUCCAUUACUGCAGAUCAGUUUUUCCUUUCAGCAACAUUUUUUUUUUGUUCUUUUUGCUUUGGCCUGGUGUGUAUCCACAAGGAAAAAGGAGCUUAAUGAUCUAAGAAAGAGAACAUUUUUAAAAGAACAAACUGCUUUUGACGAACACAAGCACACCCAAAGCACUUUGGGAUUUUAAGGAAUUGAAGUUUGCUUGCCGCUAAAGCGAGAUGGCGAUGAAUAUGGCUCACAUGCGGGACACGAAAUGGCUGACGCUGGAGGUGUGUCGAGAGUUUCAGCGAGGAACGUGCUCACGCUCCGAUGCUGAGUGCAAGUUUGCGCAUCCUGCCAAGAGCUGCCAGGUGGAGAACGGGCGAGUCAUUGCGUGCUUUGAUUCGCUGAAGGGUCGUUGUUCCCGAGAGAACUGUAAGUACCUUCACCCUCCUCCUCACCUGAAGACGCAGCUGGAGAUAAACGGCCGUAACAAUCUGAUCCAGCAGAAGAACAUGGCAAUGCUCGCCCAGCAGAUGCAGCUAGCCAAUGCCAUCAUGCCUGGAAGUCAGCUUCAGCCAAUGUAUAAUAUAUGGCCUAUGUUUUCGGUCACGCCAAGCCUUGCAACCAACGCCAGUGCGGCUGCCGCAGCAGCUGCCGCGGCUGCGUUUAAUCCGUACCUGGGCCCAGUGUCACCUGGGCUGAUGUCCGCAGAGAUCCUGCCCAGUGCACCUGUGCUGAUGGCGGGCAACCCUGCAGUGGCAUCCAUGCCGUCCGCUGCCAACGCUGCAGCUGCUGCUUCAGCAGUGGCUGCCCAGAAACUCCUUAGAACAGACCGCCUGGAGGUGUGCCGUGAAUACCAGCGUGGCAACUGCUCUCGCGGGGAGACGGACUGCAGGUUUGCCCACCCUGCCGACAGCACAAUGAUCGACCCCAGUGACAACACAGUGACGGUGUGUAUGGAUUACAUAAAGGGCCGCUGCUCCAGAGACAAGUGCAAAUACUUCCACCCUCCUGCACAUCUGCAGGCCAAGAUCAAAGCAGCCCAGCACCAGGUCAAUCAGGCCACGGCCGCCGCUGCCAUGACUCAGUCGGCUGUCAAAUCACUGAAGCGACCCCUCGAAGCCACCUUUGACCUGGGAAUUCCUCACAGUGUCAUGCCACCUUUACCAAAGCGGCCUGCGCUUGAGAAAGCCAACGGUGCCACGAGCAUGUUCAGUACUGGCAUGCUCCAGUACCAGCAGGCUUUGGCCAACAUGCAGUUUCAGCAGCAAGCUGCCUUUAUUCCGUCAGGCUCAAUAUUGUGCAUGACCCCUGCAGCAAGCGUGGGUGAGCAACUGUUUGGAUACAUUAAUCAACAGAAAACUAAUCAUGGUUAUAUAGCUCAACACAUUCCCAUGAUGCACGGCGCUUCCCCGGCCGCUGUGUCCGCAGCAACCACAUCUGCCACAAGUGUUCCCUUCGCAUCUGCAUCAGCCAAUCAGUUUGAGGACUCUUCUCUAUCAAAGCUGACUACCAACGAAUACAUGCAAUUGAUUCCAAUAAUAUCUGCAGAGCAUCUGACUAGUCACAAGUACUUGACGCAGAUGUAGUUCCAGCCCACAACAAUCAAAGGAAUGUGCUGUUGUCCUGGACAAAAGGCAAACAAACAAAAUUCAAAAUUUUAACAUCAAGAUCAUCAGCGGAUAGAAAAUACUAUGAAGAUUAGAAUUUUAGUCAUACAUGAUGGUAAAGUUUUACUGGGGUGAAACUGAGUGUCCUUCCACAUGAUAUGUAGAAUUUGAGUGAACUACAUCAUUAUGUCAGACAGGACGGCAUUUUUACUCUCAAGCCGGAUUAGUAGAAAAAGUUAUUUUCAUGUCUGACCUAACACCGUUUUGGCAUGUUAGUAGACCAAGAGAUAUUUUUUGUGAUUCACACCUUGAUUAUCUUUCCUCGAAAUUUGUAUGAUGGUUUACAAAGUUAUAAAAAGGUGCACCUUGAAUUGAAAAGCGAAUCAAAAGUCGAAAUGGCACAAAAACAUCCAGCGAAAUAAUUAAAUGUAUGUAGUUUUCUGUAUCUUUAGUUCUGGCUUCUAGUCAAACUAGAUUGUAAGCGCAGAGACGAGAUUGAUUGACAGAUGAAUGUUUUGGGUAGAAUCUGAUCACCUGAGACCUUUCAAAAGCACAUUCUUGCAAGCUUUAUGUACCAUAACCACCGGCUGAAUACCAGACACCGAUCUAGAGUGUUAUAUCAACAGUGUUAUUAUGUUUACCAGAGAUUAAUGUUUUUUACAGCGCUUGUUUUUAUACAUAAUUUCACAAGUGUGUGGGUUUUUAUGAAACGUGCCAUUUUUAUUUGUCGAUCAUCCAUUAGGCCUUGUAGAACUAUGAAGCCUUUUUGACUCCUAUGAGAACAGGGUCGCCUUGUUCCUAAUGCCCUGUUUCUUUGAAUUGCCUUGCUCGAGAGAAUGUCGCGAUGGAACGGUGAGGCUGACGAGAGUGUCUUCAGGAGGUUGUCGUCAAGGUAACAAGCGCGUAGUGGAAAAGAGCGAUUGCGUUCCAGUCUUUGCGAAAAUGAUGCGAGGACUCUAAAAUUCAUGCUGGAAAAGCACUGCUUGAGUAUUUCGUUACAGAUUGUGAGUUCGAGACUAGGUACACGGAAAGAUGAGGUUAGUGUUGGGUCAGGGUUCGUCUUCAUUUGAUUUCGAUUUGUUUUCGAAUAUUUCAUGACUUGUAAACAACAUAGUUUUGAAAAGAGGAACGGAGAAUAUAGUGAGACGUUUUUAAGUUGUGCCAAAGUCUUUUUUUCCUCUUUUUGUUUUUUAUUUAAAUGUGUUUUGACUGGGUAUACUGAUGACGGAAGAUGAAUCAUUUGUAUAGCUUCAUUUUACGUACAAGGCUGCUUGUAAACCGGGAAACGGACGUUCACGUUACUCGCAAGGGUUUUAGCGCCAAAACCAGACUCAAGGUUAAACGAAUGAACCCGAGCUUCUUCGAAAUUCGCGUUCGCUUGAGUCUGGAUUUCAGCCUGGUUUAGGUGCACAGACUUGAAAGGAUGCACGCCAUUGCCGUUUCCUCACUAAAGCCUUAUAUUUCAGUGUUUGAAACCCACACAAACAUUCUCUCAAUCACAAAUGAAAAAUGACAACAGAUGAGAUUUUAUUCUUCACUCUUAUUUUACGUGUUUAUUAAUCAUGUUACACUUAACGUUCACUCUGUUUCAAAGCCUUUGUUAGAACUAUAUUGUGUUAUUGUUGGCAUAUAAAGAUUUUUGUUUUUUGUUUUUGUAUUUGACAAUAUUGUCAUAGAACUGUUUUAGAAUGUAGGAAAUUAAAUAUUGUUUUUCUUACUGUCACUUUCUUUUACAUCAUGUUAAGUUCAUAAUGUUUAGCUAGUAGUGUUGUAUUCUUAAUUCUUCAUGUUAUUUUUCAUGGUAGAAUGUUUGAAAUUUCAGCUCUAAGGAUUUUGGUUUUGAAUUUGUUGAACAAAAUGUUUUAUCUUGUCUUAAAAAAGAGUGAAAAUGACAAAGAAAGAGUUUAUUUGUAGAUUUGGUAAAGUUGAUAUUUUAACCCUUUAUUUUGUGUCGAAUCGAGACCACGUCUACAAUUAGCUGGUUAAAGUAUCAAUUGUACGUAUUAGAGUUAUUUUCUACUGUAUGCAUUUCAGAAUUGAAAAAUCGUCUUGUAAUAUUUCAAAAAAAAAAAAACAUCCCUCAAUGUCAGGCCAAAAUGAGCAGCAUCAGAGACUUCUGAAUAUUUAAAGAUGAAAAACAAAGGAGGGAGGUCACAGGGUCGGGCCUCGAGCUGCAAAUGAGAGAGAGAGCCAUAACUUAAGGGACGAAGGUUGACUUUUUGCACUUCUGUACAUAGUCAAUAUAAAGAAAAGAAAAGGAACAUGUAUAAUAUUGAGAUCUUAUUUUGAAUAAUAAAAGAUUCUAUAACUAUGAGAAAUUUUCUUAGGAUAAUUUAAGAACUAGAAUAAUAGUCCAGCUAACAAAUGAUGCUUGCAGAAAUACGGCACAGCUCUUUUAUUAUCAUUUCCGGCCAUCACGUUCAGAAAAAAAGAAAAAAUAAAGCUCCGCGUUGCCUGCACAGUAUACCGACACGUACCGAGAGUCCGAAUUGGCAGUACACUCCGCCUCGUCAUGAUUUCCACUGUGGGAAAUUUGGGUUUUUUUACAAAUAGAUACACCUUCAAAAACACAGUAUUUGUCAUAUGAUGGACAUAAAUAACUGCAUGAAGAAUAAAAAUUAACAGUAAAAUUCUCAUAAUAGAUAAGUACGUAGAUAAGUUAAUUUCUCACAGUACCGUAACUAUCAUCGCCACAGCAUAGUGUAAAUCAAGUAUCUCGAUCAAUAUCUGAGCCUGAAAUGAGGCGCGUUCACCGGUAAUCCAUCCGAGUAUAACCGUAAGAACAGUACAAUUAUUAAAAAAAAGGCCUUCAAACCGACUCUAGAUGCUAGCAAAAGACGUCCACUUAACACACGACAACAGAAGAGUUGCUUUGUUUCUUGUAACGUGCCUUCAGCAGGGUAAGGACACCAACCACACACACGAAAAAACAAACAAAAUGAAUGUAACUGUCAAAUCCUCCGCUGAGGUCAGCGUUUUACUCAUUCGAGGUUGCUGCACAAGAGCUAUUAAACCAAAGCAUCACUUUCCUUCACUAAACGCAAUGCCUAAAAGCUGGUCGGCCGUUCCAAACGGCCAAACCACAGGUGGUCCUGCCUGCUGAAAGCACUUGCUUGGAUGCUUAACGCCCUCCAUGGAAUCUUACACCUGCCCUUUGCUUAUAGUUGCUGUAAGAUAUUGUGCUGCAUUCUAAAAGACUUGUUUUAUGCACAUUUAUUAUUGUUAGAAUUGACUCUUACUGUUAUGAAUUAAAAAAAAAAAACCUUAAUAAAACAAAAUGGAUUUGCUCAA